AUGGGGAGCACCGGAGCUGGGCUGCUGUGGUCAUGCCUCCCAAUGCUGUUGGCCCUCCUGCACGAGUCAGGGAGUCAAGAUCUUACCUGCACGGUUUACGCAAGCAACGUGGACUGGACUCAGACAUUUAAUGACACCUGCCUCAAUUUCAGCGGCCUCGGCCUGUCCCUGCCACAGAGUCAGCCCUUGAAGGCCAGGCAUGCACAGGUCCUGGACCUGUCUAAGAACAACCUUCGGGUGCUCCCUGGGGUCUUCUUUGCCAACCUGGAAAAGCUGCAAACCCUGAUUGUCACCCACAACCAUCUGGACAGUGUGGACAGGUCGCUGGCCCUACGCUGUGACCUGGAGCUCAGGGCAGACUGCAGCUGUGGUCUGGCCUCCUGGCAGAAUGUUCGGCAGAACAACUGUUCUGGGCAGCAGCAGCUGUGUCUACACCCAGUCACGGCAGCUCCCAGGAACCUCUCCACCUUCCUCCAGGUCAGCUGUCCCCCAGGCUGGGCCCCGGGGUCCAUUGGCACCCUUGUUGCUGGGACUAUCUUCCUGGCUUUGGCUGUCGGUGGAUCUGUGCUGGCCUGGAGGCUUCGUCGCCGACAUGUCAGUAAGCAGGGUCUCAGCAAAGCCCAGAAUUCACACGAUGGCCCCACACCAGUGACAGACUUCUUGCCAAGGUACAGCAGCCGGCAGCCUCGUCCCAAAGCCCCAGAGUUGCCACCCAACAGGUCCACAAUGGAUUAUGAGAAUGUCUUCAUUGGCCAGGCAGCCGAGGAUUGUUCAUGGUCUGCAGACAGAAGCUGCCCUUCUGGAGACAAUGACUGCUACAUGAACUACAGGAGUGUCGACCUGGACCCUCAGCCCGUCUAUUGCAACCUGGAGUCCCUGGGGCGGGCCCCAUUGGAGGACGAGGAGCGUGUGGUUUCGUGGCGCUGAGCCGGGGUCUGGCCCCCAGGGACAGACAUUUAA